UAACCGUAAUAAACGUGCAGCUAGCUGUUCAAACUACAGUUCUGAUAGCCGAGGAAUGAAAGAAUGUAGCUUAAAACACUCCAAUGAGGCCUUUGCAGAGCAGUGGCGCUCUGACUCCCGCUGUUUUCACCAGAGGGGGAAGCUUGCUGUGAUGUGCGCUCGCCUGGUCGCUCAGUUUGAACAGUUAUUAUACGGUUUGAACCGCUUGGCUUAGACCCGGGUGGGGGAGCACUGUUUGAAGGUUGCUUGGAAACCCAAGCAAUGCUCCUGUCAAUCAAGUCAAGCUGGAAAGGAGUCUACGAACUUUGUUUCAUACCAUUCAGAAAGUAAGUGUUGCAUUUAUGGUUACAUUUAAACAAUGAGAAGGAACAAUUUACGCUGCUUAUGUUUUAAAAAUAUGGGCUACCUGGCUGUGUAAUGUAAAUGUGAAAUGUAAAGCUAUCGAGAAAUGUUGUAUAUGUCACAUUACAGUCUUAUUUGCGCACUAUGCACACUGUUCAACCAAAUGCACAUAUGCAUGGACUUUUCAUUAGAGUGCAUGAAUUCUAAUGGAACCACCAUCAAAUCAACUCAGAGCUGGAUGCUUUAUCAGAUGUGUUUUUUUUAACAUUCUUGAAACAUUGGAAUUUGUAAUGCUGUUUCCAAAUUGUAAGCCUACAGGACAGCUUUCCUACUCGGUCAGUGGAAGGAAUUCCACAAUCACUGUAAACUACAAAGUGUAGGUUUGCAUGUGAGCUGGCCAUAGUGCCACCAGAAUGUAUUGGCUUCUUUGUGAAAGGAAGCUCAGCAGCCUUAAGGCCCCCAGUCUAAGGCUCUGGGUUUCCAGAGCAACCCAUGACCAACGACAAACCCCACUCACCACCGCCAACAUUACUUUGCUAUUAGGUAUUCGAGAAAGUUGUGUCUGUAUUUCUGAGUGUGUUUUACAGGAAAUGGCCGAUGGCAGUUUUGAAGGGGCAGAAAGAGACGCUGCAGAAGACACAGAUGAGCUUCUUUACACUGACCUGGAUGAAGACAGCAAUGCCCCUCUGCCACAGGAUCACUGUGACCUCCUCCUAGAUGCCAUCGAUGCCCAGCUGAGCCGCCUGCAGAUGCAGAGACAUAGCAAUGGGAUUGAAGGUAUCUCCAGAAAACAUGAUUGCCUCAAUACAGCUCAUCUUAGCAGUAGCCAGUCUGUGAGCAGGGAUACAGGACUGGGAAGUACCAUCCCCACUAACGACACCCCAAUCUCUUGUCUUGACGUGGUACGCUCUGAGACCAGGGACCUAUCUUCAGUGCCUGGUCCUCCCAGCACUAGCAGUGUUCGUACAGGGGUUCUCACUGAGGCCUGUUCCAGUCUGGAGCCUGAGGGAACCAAGGAGAACAGGCACCAUGCUGCUAGAACCACCACCAGACACCUGGCAGGAGUGCCUGUGUGGAAUUUUGACACAGUGACCAUAGACAGUGACCUGGACUCAGUACGCACAGAGAAGGUCUGGCAACACGUCCACAGCAGGCCAGGAUACCUGUCAGCCAUUCGGUCUGUCAGCCGCGUGGAUGGUCUCGACACUGACCAGAGUGACUAUGACACACCCACUCUGGAGCCAAGGAAUCUCAAGUUUACUCCAGCACUGAUAGCUAGCAAUGGAAAUGUGACCAGUGACAGUCUACCUCUUCGUAAAGCACACAAAAGCAGAAGAGACACUCACAGGUGUGGGCUCUCUGUGGAUGAUGAUGAUGAUGAGGACACAGAUGAGGGCUGUGUCCGCUGGAGGAGGAGACGUAGGCCUGACAAGGACACAGGGGGACAUGUGUGUACGCAGAGGCCUGGGGGUCGUCUGGAGGAGGUGAGGUCAGACUGGCUACAGAUGGAGGAGGAGCUGGCGACCCUCAGACAGGACUGUGAGAAGGAGGAGAAGAGGCUGAGGAUGAAGAGAGCUCAGCUGUGUGAGACUGAACUGUCCCUCACUGACCUUCUUCAGAAAAGAAAACAUGCCAUGCAGGAGUGGGAGCAGCUGCGUGCGGGGGCAGAGCAGAUGGAGAGGGAGGGGAGGAGUCUGGAGGCCAGCCUGAGAGACAGCAAGGCAGAAGCAGACAGCACCAGUUCUCAGCUGCGCCGGCUGCAGAGGCAGAGGGACUCCUGUUUGCAGGAGGUCAGGGAUCUGAAGGAGGAGCUGGCUGCUCUAUGUAAACACAGAACUGCCUUAAUGGAUGGGACCUGCAUGGACAGGAGAGUGACCAGUGUCAGUAUGUCUGUCCUUGAGAGAGAGGAGUUGGACAGACAGCUGAACAGUGCCAAGACAGAGCUGUUUUCCGAGCAGCGGUGCUCUAGACUCAAACUGGACUCUAUGCAAGAGAAGUUGGACGAAGCUCACGAGGAGCUCCAGCAUGUAACAGAGGAGGAGAAGUUACUGAGGGAUAGGUGUGCAUGUCUGGAGGAGAAACACAGGCUGAAACAGGAGAAGGAUGAGGCAGUGGAGGUGCAGGUGUGUGAGCUACAGAAAGAGCUGGGGGAGAGUGAGAGCAGGGUGGAGAGCAUAGUAGCCCAGAAGGAGCUGCAGCUGCUGGGGUUCCAGGAGGAGAGGAGUGCCUUGCAGGCAGAGAGAGAUGGGCUCCAGGGGGAGCUCCGCAGCCUGAGGAAGCUGCACAGCAUCUCCCUGAGAGAGACCCAGGAGCAGGCACUCACGCAGACGCAGCGGGAGCUGGAGCAGCUGAAGAAAGAGUUGGCUUUGUCUCAUGAGAAACACAUCCAGCAGGCUCAUAUUCAAGCUGAAGAAGAGAAAACAGUUUCUCUCAGAGAACAGGCCCUGUCUCACACACAGCACAUUGAGUCCAUACAGAGCUGCAUCCAGAUGAAGGAGAAGGAGUGGUGGAAGCUGAGGGAGGCUCUUAAGGAGCAGAAGGAGGUGAUGAGGAGGCGAGAGGAGGAGCUGUGUGCGGAAGCUCAGGAGAUGAUGCACGGCACCAUAGAGCGUGAGAGGAAGAAAUGGGCGGCAGAGAAAGAAGCGGCUCUGCAGUUGCAGUGUGGGAUACUGGAGGAGCAAGGCCGGGAGGCUCUGGAGAGAAUGAGGGGAGAGACUGAGAGAGAGAAGAGGAAUGCCUUGGCUCUUCAAAGCAAAGUGGUAGAACUGAGGACAAAAGUGCAGGAGCUGGAAAGUGAGGGCCUUGUGCAACAGAGUGAGCAGGCGUCUGCUCUUGCUGCAAUGCGUAGGUCCCUGAGAGAGAAGCACCAGGUUGAGCUACAGAGACUGCGCAGGCACAUGGAACAGGAGGGCGAGAGGGAAUCGUUGAGGCUGGAGCAGGUCGUCCAACAAGCAGAGGAGCAGGCUGGUAGACUGCAGGUGCUGCUGGGGGAGAGGGAGCACAUCCACAAGCAGGCCACAGCCAGGCUGGAGCAGCAGCACAGACACUGGGCCCAGGAGAUGGGGGCAGAGUGUCAGCAUCUUCAGCACCUGCUGGAACACAGUGGGGCCGUAGGGAGCUCCCUUCAGCUCCCACACAGUCCUACGGUGGCCCAGGCAGUCCAAACCCUGCAGGUCCUCAGAGAGCAGUUGCAGCAGUCAAUCAGUCAACUACAGCAGGAGCUUGACUUACAGAGACGCAGCACUCAGCAGCUGAGCCGGGACAAAGAGCGGGAGUUCCGUAUUCAGAGGGAACAGAUGGAGACGGAGAGACAGCAGGCUCUGGACUCACUGAAGGAGACACUCAUUCAGGAGCACAUUGAGGAGCUGAGCGAUCUGCAGCAGGCCCAGGUGCGGGAGGAAGGAGACGAGACAGGAGGUUUGGCUGCGUCCCUGCGCAGGCAGCUGCAGGCCAAAGACCAGGAACUGCGCCGGGUGCAGAGGAGCAUGGGACAGUGGAAGGAGCAGACCACUGCACGCCUGGCACGCAAGUUUGAGGAGGAGUUGACAGCCGAACUGGAGAGAAAGGCACCUAAGGCACAAGAGGAGAAGCAGAGGAAGCUGGAGAAACUGGAAGGGGAGAUGAGACGCAUUACUGGGGAAUGCACUGACUCUGGAGCUCAGCAAUCAGCCUCCUCUCCCUCACUCCACAUUGGGGAAGCCCCUACCUCCCCCGGGUCCUCAGACCUGGCCUCCUUCAAGCUACUGCGUCACCUCCAGAGCCGGGUCAAACAGCUCCGUGCUGAGAACCAGGCCCAUGCCUGCAGCCCCUCUCAAUUGGGCAGGACCCCUCUAGGCAGGGCCCCAAUGGAGCUGGCUGGGUCCUAUCUGGAGACGAUCACACCAUCCCAGGAAUGCACUCAGUUUUGGAGUCGUUCCCGUUCCAGGACAGUACAGGGUGAAGGAUUGUGAGCUUUGCCAGAUGACGUGUGUGUGUUUGUAAAAUGAAUUACUGGAGGACAGCAAUCUCAAAUCAUUUCAAGGUACUCCUGAAAAGGAUGACACUACAUGAUCAGGGUAAAUGGCCUCAAGGUCAAAAUGGGUUAAGUUGGCAUUCUUCUGCCUUUGGAGGAAUUAAGUCUUACUGCUAGACUAAAGGUUGGGGACUGAGUGAAUGUUUGAUGAACUAACUGACAUGUCUGCAUAGUGCCCAUUCCGGAGCUGUGACUCUUUAGGCAGUGGGAUCAAGCUGAAAUUAGGACCAUUUGAAGAAGAAAGUCAUCUUGUGUCAGUUUCUUUCUAUGUUGCAACAGAGCUAUUGUAAUUAUUAUGCUCAAUGUACACUCACAGGACAGUUUAUUGGGUGCACCUAUUUAGUACAGGGUCGGACCCCCCUUUGCCUCCAGAACAGCCUGGAUUCUUUGGGGCAAGUUGGAAACGUUCCACAGGUAUGUUGGUCCAUGCUGAAGCAAUGGUGUCAUGCAGUUGCUGUAGAUUGAACGGCUGUACCAUUGACAACAGGCAGGAUGGGUCCAUGGACUCAUGCUACUUACGCCAAAUCCUGACUCUGCCAUCAGCAUGACGCAACAGGAACCAGGAUUUGUUGGACUAGGUGAUGCUUUCCACUCCUCAGUUGUCCAGUGUUGGUGAUUGUGUGUCCACUGGAGCGGUUUCUUCUUGUUUUUAGCUGUUAGGAGUGGAACCUGGUGUGGUCGUCUGCUGCAAAAGCCCACCUGUGAAAAUGAUCGACAAGUUCUGAGUUCCGAGAUGCCGUUCUUCACACCACUGUUGUACUGCGCCAUUAUUUGUCUGUUUGUGGCCCGCCUGUUAGCUUGCACAAUUCUUGCCAUUCUCCUUCGACCUCUCAUCAACGAGCUGUUUUCGCCCACAGGGCUGCCACUGACUGGAUGUUUAUUGUUUGUCGCACCAUUCUUGGUAAAUCCUAGACACUGUCGUGCCUGAAUAGCCCAGGAGGGUGGCCGUUUCUGAGAUACUGGAUCGUCCUGGCACGGACAAUCAUACUACGCUCCAAGUCGCUUAUGUCACUGGUUUUUCCCCAUUCUACCAUUCAAAUGGACAGUAACUGAAUGCCUUGAUGCAUGUCUGCCUGCUUUAUAUACCAAUCCACAGCUACGUGAUCCAUUUUUGUGAACGGGGUGGUAUACCUAAUAAACUGGCUAGUGAGUGUACACUAUUUUGUUAGGACCUGGAAUAAACUUUAACAUCUGUGAUGUUUUCAUACUGUAUGUACUGUUGUCCCUUUGGCAUUAAAACAUUGUACAUGAACACCAAAAGCAAUAAAGAAUUUAUUUAGAAACAAA